GGGAAGGAAAUUGACAAACACGUGAGACUGGCGGCGGUUAGGAAGAGGUGCAGACGGAAUUGGAACUUCUGGCUUCGGUGUGGUCAUGUUUCUCCAGUAUUACCUCAACGAUCAGGGAGACCGGGUCUAUACGCUGAAGAAGCUUGACCCUAUGGGACAACAGACCUGCUCGGCUCAUCCUGCUCGGUUCUCCCCAGAUGACAAAUACUCUCGACACCGAAUCACCAUCAAGAAACGCUUCAAGGUGCUCAUGACCCAGCAACCGCGCCCUGUCCUCUGAGGGCCCCUUAAAUUUCAUGUCUCCUCUGCUACCCCUCAAGAGACUUUCUGAAACCAAGCUCUUCACUGUGUGAGCCUAGAAGCCUUCUUAUCAUCCUUGCUCUUUGGAAUCGGUUUCAUCGUUGCCAUUGUUCAUGCUUGUGUGAAACAGUCAUGGUAGCAUACCUCUUAAGGGAACAAGUUUGAAUCUUUCCAUAUUUUGAAUCGCUGCCAGGUUAUUAAAUUGAUUUGAAAGA